AUGGGGGACCAGGCUCUCUCUUUCACCUCUCGGAUCAAGCUGAACAAUGGCAGCUCCAUGCCUCGGAUCCAUCUGGGAGUGUACCUCAUGUCCGGCUCUGAAGCCACUUCCGCUGUUCAGCACGCCCUCGACGCGGGAUAUCGAGCCUUUGACUCGGCGCAGAUGUACCACAACGAGAAGCAAGUCGGCCGUGCCAUAUCGGAGUACCUCAAGGCUCAUCCCGAGGUGAAGAGGGAGGACAUCCAUUACACCAGUAAGCUGGCGAGCAAUGGCGAUUAUGAUACCGCCCGGAGAAGCAUAAGCCAGAGUGUCAAGGAGUGCGGACUGGGGUAUAUCGAUCUGUUCCUGCUGCAUAGUCCGUAUGGUGGCAAACAGAGGCGAUUGGACAGCUGGCGUGCUGUUGAGGAUGCUGUAAAGGACGGCGAAGUGAAGAUAGGUGGCGUUAGCAAUUUUGGAGAGAAGCAUGUCCGUUCUCCCACACCAACUCUAUCUUAUCUCUUCAGUGUUGACAUGUGUGAUGAGCAGAUCGACGAGCUCCUUUCCAGUAAUCCCAAGCUCAAGCCGGCCUGUAACCAGAUAGAAGUGCACCCGUUCAACACUCGAUCCAAGCUCACAGCCCACUGUCAGAAGAAUGAUAUAGUGGUAGAAGCCUAUGCCCCUCUGGCGAGAGCUCUGCGGAUGAAGCAUCCCACUAUUGUUGAGCUGGCGAAGAAGUACGGGUGUACGUCUGGGCAGCUUCUCGUGCGCUGGAGCUUGCAGCACGAUUACGUGCCAUUGCCCAAGAGUGUGAAAAAGGAGAGGAUCGUGGAAAAUGCGGAUAUUGGUGGCUUUAUUAUCGAUGAGAACGACAUGAAGAAGAUGGACGGUCUAGAUGAGUAUCUCGUCACAGACUGGGAUCCUGUGGAUGCUGCAUAG